GUCAUUGCAAUACCAAAAAAGGACAUCACAAAACAAACUGCCAAAUCUCUUUUUCUUCUCACACUUUCUCUCUCAAAUCCAGCAAGACGAAUCUCUUCCUUUUGCAGGGCAGGGACUCCCCAACUUCAUUAUAGAAUACCAAAAAGAAAUUGUAAUAAUUCGAUUCCAAUUACGAUUAGGUAAUAUAUUAUGUCAUCGAGUUCCACCCACUCAAAAACUUUGUCCUGAAAUGGCCGCGGCAAUUUCUACCCCUUUCUCUAUCUAUUCUCACUUUACAAGAUGUUGAGACCCCAUGUGGUUAUGUCCUGUUUUUCUUUAUCUCCGUGACCAUCUUUCAGACCAAACCAAAUUUCUACUUCUUUUGGAUACCUCCCAAUUCCUUCUUCUUCUUUUUGCUUUACGCCUUCCUCUCUUGAGAUUGCUUUAGUUUUCGGUUCUAGAAAGCUAUAAAAUCCGAUUCCCUUUUUAGUUAAAUCAGCUUUAACCUUCGUUUUCUCAAAUAGUCUAUAUUUCGUAUACUUGCCAAAAUCAAAACCCAACAAAGGAAUUUCAAAAUAUGAUCUCUCUGAUGCUCAUACUUGCAACAAUCCUUCUGAUUUCAACGACUCUGUUCCCAAUUUCUGUUGCUGUCUUAGUACGAGGCCAAUUCUCGGUUCCGGCCUUCCCAGUAGAAACGGAAACUCAAACUUGCCGGUUGGAUUUAUCCGACGAGCUAUUCGGGGGAGUGAGCCAAGCCUGCAAUGGGAACCUAGACCGGAGUCGGUGCUGUCCGGUGCUAGCCGCAUGGCUCUUCGCGGCUCACGCAAGGUCCGCAUUGGAAGUGUCGGCUCCAACGCCAUCAGCGGAAAUAGAUCUGCCAUUGAUGCCAGACGAUUCCCAGAAAUGCGUGGAAUCACUUCAGAGUUCAUUGGCGAGACGCAACAUAAAAAUUCCCCAGCCGAAUUCCAGCUGCGACGCCGUAUUGUGCUUCUGUGGAAUUCGACUCCAUCAGAUAAGUUCCUUGUCUUGUCCGGCCGCAUUCAAUCUCUCCGGCUUCCAGAAUGCCACUCCAACGGCGGCGGUGCGUGAUCUGGAAAAGAAUUGCCAAAACGCUUCUUACUCUGGUUGCACCAAAUGCCUUGGAGCACUCCAAAAGGUGAAGGGAGUUCGAGACAGCAGCACGACGGAAAGAGCAAGGAAAAUGUUCAAUAGAGAUUGCCAACUGAUGGGACUGACAUGGUUGCUUGCUCGUAACAAAACGGCGUAUAUUCCGACGGUUUCGGCGGUUUUGAGGGCAAUUAUGUACAGUGCCCACCCGCCUCACAAUUCCAAGUGCAGUCCAGAUCAAGAAAACAUGCCACUCGCUGUUGAUUAUCUUCAAUUUGAUGACGCACAUUCACAGUCACAAUCCUCCAUUUUUAUGUUGCCAUUUUUGCGCUUAUUGCUAACGCCUUUAGUUUGCCUGUUAGUAAUAGUAUGGCCGUAAUAUGGGCAAAAGUUUCUUGGACUGUUUUGGAGCGGAAGCCCACGUCGUAUCAGAUGAAGCCGUUGAUUUUGUCUUUGUCUUUUACCCUACGGUAAAAUUGGGUUAGCUUUACUUUUACUUGGAGGAGUAAAUAUUUGUGUUUUGAAGUAAAUUAAAUUCAAUCAUUUGGUAUAUGAAUUAUAUA